AGACUUACAUACAACAAGCAGCUGAUUUCCGUAUAAAUGACUGCACUUUGAUAUGAACUUUAUUUCCAUUAUCGACACGGACCGGGAGAGUAAUCAGUGAAAAUUAAGGAUGGGUUGUUUAAGUUGUGCAGCUUCAACAAUUUUAACGGUUUUGAUAUUCGCAAAAUGGUCCUGUUCACUCGAGAUGGAACAAAUCCAGCAGCAGUGUAUCGAGAAUAGUGGUUCGGAUUCCGGUUACCGAAACAUAAUUAAAGCCUCAAAUGACGCAGAAAAUUGCAUCAGCCAGUACGUUCUGAUUCAGGAUUUGGAUUCCGGCAGUCUGCAAAUAGACUGUAAACAAAUUCAUGAAAUGGACCGUCAGUGUUUCGACAGCAUCCAUCAGGGAUUCGUUGAAUGCCAGCUUAAUGGCCAGGAUUCUGCCGAAAUGGAAAGCGUAACCGUUGUCCUGGGAGCCAUUCAAAGAUUUUGCACCCGGGCUUCGCAUUCCGAUGAAGAUUUCCAACGGAAAACUUACGAGAUGUGCAUCCAGCGGCUGUUGUCUAAAAUAGAUGCAUGCUCAAAGACACCCACUCAUCCCUCGAAAAAACAAGCAAGAUCUUUGGAACGAGUUAUCAAUCAUUUGAAACUAAGGGAUCUUAAUUUCUAGAAAAGGUUGUUAUCACAGUUCAUAAACAUUGAAACUCUAAAGCUCAUUAAGUGAUUAAGUGAUUAGGUGAUGUUGCGACUGGAAGUUUGUGUUUAUUAUUACUGCGAUUAUUAUCAAAAUAGAUUACAUUGUGAGUCUCAAGAUUGAAGACAAAUUACGUUCCAGGCAACAUUUGCAGCAAGAGGUUUUGUAAACAAUUGGUUGUGUUUAGUAAUGGUUGUAUAAAAUAUUAAGACACAAGAUAACCUAAUAAAGGGCCAACAAUUUGAAAGAAUAAUAAAAAACACUAGUUAUCAGUGUUUUUUUGGAACAUUUGAUUGAAGUCAUUUAUCUCCAGAAAAACUCUAGAAUAAGGUGUUGUUCAAGAAAAAAACGUCCGUGAAAUGAUAUCUUUAAUCCUCAUCCGUUCUAGAUUUAUUAUAUCAGUGUAUAUUCUAGGAGCAUCAUUUUAACACUUCUGAAUAAAACCGCUGUAUCUCUCUUGUGCCACAAA